AUGAGCUUCGAACAGCGCUCGAGUGCUGGGUUCCCUUUGCGUAAGUGGACCUCGAACUCGAAAGAUGUGCUGAGAAGAAUCCCUAAGGAUCACUUGCUCUGUGCAGACUUCCUCGAGAUCGACGAAGCUAGUGUCGCAAAGACGCUAGGCAUUCGUUGGCGGGCCACGUCCGACGAGUUCUUUUUCGUCACCGCCGAGAUGGUGUCCAAACCAUUUUUCAGUAAGAGAGAAGUGCUGUCGCAGAUCGCCAAGUUGUUCGAUCCUGCAGGUUGGCUUGCUCCUGUGGUCAUUUGGGCCAAGAUUUUUAUGCAAGAAAUCUGGAAGCAAGAAAUCGGCUGGGACGACUCCUUACCGGCGGAUCUCACAGAGCAGUGGAUCAGUUUUCUGCGGAACUAUUCGUCCUUGCAGGACAUCCGCAUUCCUAGAUGGACCAACUACGCUCCCGGCGCAAAAAUCCAAUUCCACGGGUUUUGCGACGCCUCUCAAAGCGCGUAUGGAGCCGCUCUUUACGCACGUGUGGAAACAGGUGGACAAGUGUCUCUGUGCGGAGCUCUCCUGUUGGCAGAAUUAUCCGCCGCCCUCCUACCACAUUUUCCCACCCCCGACGCUGAGACGUACCUGUGGACAGAUUCCACUAUCGUUCUGGCAUGGUUGGACAAGCAGCCAUGCAAGUGGACCACUUUCGUGGCGAACCGAGUGGCCAAGAUUCACUCGGUGAAUGGCACUUGGCAGCAUGUUCGUUCCGAACACAAUCCAGCCGACCUGGCAAGCCGCGGUGUCUCGCCGCAAGAGCUACUGGGCAGUCGCCUUUGGUGGCAGGGGCCCGAAUGGCUGACGCACUCACGAGCGCAGUGGCCUUCACCGGUCAUUGGGCUCGAUACUGAAUUGGAGUGUCGAGCGGUGAAGGUCCAUGCAGCGCAAGUCCUAUGUGAGGACUUCCUCGACCGUUUCUCCAGGUUCGAUCGAGCGCUCCGAGUGUUUGCGUAUGUGCGAAGGUUUGCCCAGCGUUGCCGCCAACCCAAGGUCUCGUUUCCAGAGACGCUCAGCUCUCAAGAGCUUGCAGAAGCUCAAGAGAGGCUGAUUGUACAGGCUCAGAAUCGGGUAUACGCGAAAGAGUGUGCUUCCCUCCGGUCCCAUAAUCGUCUAAUCGGGUCAAGCGAUAUCCUAAGCUUGAAUCCGUUCCUUGACAAGCAAGGUGUCCUGCGUUCGUGUGGACGCGUAAGAGCGUCCACCUCCUUAUCCUACGACGAACGGCAUCCAAUAAUUCUCCCGUUCGGCUGCAUGUUCUCACGCCUCCUGGUUUCCUUCACGCAUCAAGUCUCCCUCCAUGGAGGCAACCAAUUGGUGAUGCGGCUGGUCCGAACCAAGUUCUGGAUUCCCAAGCUAAGGAACUUGGUGAAGACAGUGAUUAGUGCAUGCAAGACCUGUGUGAUUCAUCGCCGCAAGCUCCAGUCGCAGUUGAUGGACUUCGCCGGUCCCUUCGACGUCAAGAGCUACGUCGGACGGGGCUGCAAGAUUACGAAGGGUUACGUAUGUGUCUUCGUGUGCUUCAGCACGAAGGCAAUCCAUCUUGAGGCGACCACGGAUCUGACAGCGGAAAAGUUCUUGGAAGCUUUCUCCCGAUUCGUGGCACGGCGCGGGUGCCCUCUCCACAUGUACUCUGACAACGGGAAAACGUUCGUCGGAGCCUCCUCCAUUCUCUCCAAAGAAUUUGUGGAGAGCACCCGCAACCUGAUUGUCACCACUCACAGCCAUCAAGGUCUUGCAUGGCAUUUCAACCCACCUGGUGCCCCUCACAUGGGGGGUCUCUGGGAAGCGGGCGUCAAGAGCUUCAAGACGCAUUUCUACAAGACGGUUUCCUCCGUAAAACAUACGUUCGAGGAGCUUUCCACCCUCCUAUCUAAAAUUGAAGCGUGCCUCAAUUCGCGGCCUUUGACUCCUAUGUCAGAGGAUGUGAGCGACUUGGCGGCACUUACUCCCGGUCAUUUCCUGAUCGGGGGUCCGCUACUCUCCAUGGCGGAGCCAGAGUCCAGAGAGGAUGUGGAGUCCAUCCGCAACCGCUGGCAACGGCUCAAGGCUCUCCAUCAGCAUUUCUGUGUGCGAUGGAAGAACGAAUAUCUGAAGGAAUUGCAUAAGCGGAAUAAGUGGCAGUCACCUUCACGCGAUCUCCAAAUCGGUGACAUGGUGGUCAUCAGAGAGGAGAAUAUACCGCCACAAGAAUGGCGCCUCGGGCGUGUGCUGACCGCUUGCCCAGGCGCUGAUGAAAGGGUCCGUGUGGUUGACAUCCAGACGUGUCGUGGUGUUUUCCGCCGACCAGUUGCAAAGCUGGUCCUCCUUCCUACGGGACACGCGCUCUGA